AUGCCUUGCUUCAAUGACCUUAUUCGACAAUGUUUUACUGACGCUGUCGUCCAAGUUCGUGCUUUACCUCAGUACAGCGAUAAUCAUUGGAAAAAAAAAUACUGCAUACAAAUUUUACUAGCUCAUCGCUUCUCAUCGCGCACCGAAAAACAGCAACAUCUCAGCAAUCAAAGCAGGUUUUGGAGGCAUUCAAAUAUGGCAAACAAAUCUGGUUCGGGUACCAAAGUUCCAGAAGAUACCAGGUUCGCGGGUGUUCACAACGACCCCAAAUUUAGAGAGACUAAAGCCAAAAAGUUCAAGAUCAAGCUAGAUGACAGAUUUAGCGAGCAGGAUCUGGAGUACAAGAGGAAGGCUAAGGUUGACAAGUACGGUCGGCGUCUGAAAGGCCAGGACAAUAGGGAAAAGAAAGAUUUCGAGAAAUACUACGAAAAAGAAGACGCUUCCAAGAAGCUAGAGGAAAAUAGCGAUGAAGAUAGUAGCGACAGCGAAGAAGACGAAAAAAAAUUGAAAGCUUCCAGCAAGAAAACCAGUCUAGAUAGAGCCCGUGGUGAGGUGCCUAGUGAUUACGCUUCUUCGUCUGAUGAGGAUUCGUCGUCCUCGGAAUCAGAAGCGGACUCUGGUGAUAGCGAUCUUGAAAGUGAUGAGUCCGAAGUGGAAAUUGAAGGUGCCAAACCAGAAUCGGGAGAGAGCAGCAAAACUUUGGCCGUGGUAAACUUGGACUGGGACCAUGUCAAAUCGGAUGAUCUGAUGAUCACAUUCUCCAGUUUCGUCCCAAAGGGUGGUAAAAUCGCGAAGAUUGCAAUUUACCCAAGCGAGUUUGGAAAAGAGCGUUUGACUCGUGAACAAGUCGAGGGACCUCCUAGAGAGAUUUUUGCGAGCAAGAAGAAAAGCAAGAGAAGCAAAGACGACGAUAGCGACUCUGAGGUUGAUGUUAAAGACUUGUACGAAGAAGGUGACGCUGAGGAUUACGACGUCAAGUCGUUGCGUCGUUAUCAGCUUGAAAGACUCAGAUACUACUAUGCGGUUGUCUACUGCUCAAAUGUGGAAACAGCUGAGUCUAUAUACAAAAACUGUGAUGGCACAGAGUUCGAAUCCACUGCAAACAUGUUCGAUCUUAGAUAUGUUCCCGACGGAAUGAAAUUUGACGAUGAACCCAGAGAUGACUGCUCUGAGCUGCCUAAGAACUAUAGACCUGCGCAAUUCAGUACCGAUGCGCUUCAGCAUUCGAAAGUGAAGCUUACGUGGGAUGAAACGCCCGCAGACCGGGUAUCAAUGGCCAAAAGAGCUUUCAGUCAAAAGGAACUUGAUGAGAUGGACUUCAAGGCCUAUUUGGCAUCUGAUAGUGAGGACUCGGAACCAGAAUACAAUGUCAACCUCAAGGAUAAACUGAAGGCCCUGGCAAACCAAUCAGCACAAGUUGGUGACCGUUCUGUUUUUGACAAGAAAUCAGAUGAGGAACAGAGCGAUGUUGACAUGCAAAUAACGUUUGCUCCAGGGUUGGCGGAAGCGGACGAUUCCAAAGAAGGAGCAGAUGGAAACACAGACGAAACUACUAUAGAAAAGGUAAGGCGUAAGGAAAAGGAGCGCCGCAAGAUGCGCAAGGAGCGCAUAAAGGAACUAAAGAAACAAACGUCUGAAGAAAAACAGAAGUCGAAGGAGUCAAGGUCAGCAAAGAAGUCCAAGUCGCCCGAAGACACUAAUUCAAAGUCGGCUGCUGAAUUGGAGCUACUGAUGAUGGACGAUGAGGAGCAAGAGGGUGGUUCUAGCAUCAACAAAAAGGCGCAUUUCAACAUGAACGAUAUCAUGAGGUCCGAAAAGGAAAAGGCCAAAAAGUCCAAGUUUCAGGAUAAACGCAAAAUCACUGAUGACCAGUUCAAGCCUGAUCUCAACGAUCCACGGUUUAGCGAGAUGUUUGAGGACCACGACUUUGCAAUUGAUCCAUCUCAACCCGAGUUCAAGCAAACUCCUGCCAUGAAGCAAAUUUUGCAAGAGAGAAACAAGCGCUCACACAAGAGCAAGACGAAGAAAAGAAGCGGUGCAGAACUUGAUGCUAGUGCAGACAAUCACACAGACGUUGCAGGCCUCGUUAACAAGAUGAAACGGUCGGCCAAAAAGCACAAAAAAUCCAAAAAUUAG